AUGGGUGUGCAGAACGCCGCGGCCUUAUCGGCCAUGAAGACCAACCCCAAAUUCAUCUUCUUCACAGACUUUGACGGCACCAUCACGCUGCAGGACAGCAAUGACUACAUGACCGACAAUCUUGGAUAUGGUCGGGAAAGGCGCCGGCAGCUCAACAUCGACUGCCUCGAAGACAAGAUCAACUUCCGGGACUCAUUCCGGGACAUGAUGGAGAGCGUCAAGAACCCGUACAACGAGUGCAUCCAGACGCUCGUCGACAACAUUAAGCUAGAUCCCUACUUCGCCGGGUUCUUCCAGUGGGCUCUAGCGAACAAUAUCCCCGUCGUGGUGCUUUCAUCCGGAAUGGAGCCAGUCAUCAAGGCGCUGUUGCAUGCCCUUGUCGGUCCCGAUGCUGAUAAGAUGGAAGUACUGGGUAACUUUGUCAAGGCUCGGCCUGGCAAGUCCAUCAACGAGGAGGGAGGUUGGGAGAUCGAGUUCAGACAUCCCGAGAGCGGUUUCGGUCAUGACAAGUCCGUCUGUCUCCGCGAAUACUCGUCGCUGCCUGAGGACAUCCGGCCCACCAUGUUCUACGCCGGUGAUGGCGUGUCAGAUCUGUCUGCUGCACGCGAGACGGACCUGCUCUUCGCGAAGAAGGGCCAUGACCUCAUAUCAUACUGUGCGAGGGAGAACGUCCCAUUCACCGUCUUCGAGGACUGGUCUACGAUCCUGGAAAAGUGCAAAGAGAUCGUCGAGGGCAAGUGCACAGUCAAAGACGCUGCCCGCGAGGGCUGGGAGGCAUACAAGGCUGGCGCUGCAGGCGUCAAGCCUGAGAACGGCGCUGCUGCAAAACCUGCUGCAAAGUAA